AUGGAAUUCUCCCUUGACGGUGGAGAUGCUUCAGAAGUAGAGGCUGCCUCUGAGGCAACCUUGGCAGACUACUUCAACGCAACUUUGUACAACGAUCACGUCCGGGCAGUCGCGACCUCUGCCGUGGCUCGACGUCUCCAUGACCAUGACCAUGGCCGGCAGCUGCAGCAGCUCACCUGGACGGUGAAUUGGCAAAGCUAUGUCUUCGAACAGCAGAUCAAUGACGCAACCGCUCAAGUCAGUGCCUUGCGAAGUUCAGCGGAAGAGAGAAGCCGCUUCUCUUCUCUUCUUUUGAACCAGCUCGCAGACCUGGGGAUUUCUGCAGGCUUCGCUGGCUUCAUCAUCUCUGUGCCGACCGACCCACAAUUGGUCUCCAUCUCUUUGAUCUCCACCUCAACCACAUCCUCAACUUCUUCCGUCACAUCUACAUCUUCCAGCAGCUCCAGCUCAACGACUAGCUCGACCACGAGCUUGAGCACAAGCAGCUCAACCACUACAACGCUCUUCCCCGUUUUGCUGGAGACCGUGGAGAUGACUCAGGGAUACUCUACGCUCUUGCUGACCUUCAAUGCUCCGACAGCUCUCGUCCAAGGGAGAAGGUUAGACACAGAAGUGCCCGAGGGCGUCUUUGCCUGUGACCGACUCUUUUCAGCAGCGACUCUGGCGACGUUAGGUGCUUUCCCUGAAUGCAAGUGGCUUUCGAAUGGUCGAAACGUACAAGUGUCUUUGGGCUCCAGCCCCACCAUCAAGCUGGGUGACCAGGUCGAAACGCUGUCAGACGUUUUGACGAUCAACGAACGGGUGGUCGAUUUGCCUGUGAAGCCAACACCAGCUCUGGCGGGGGCGGUUUUCAGCAACGACCCACUUGUGCAACCACAAGCAGCUUUGCUGGCGUCACCCUUGAGUGUUCAAGAAUGCGGGAGGCUGGUGGUCUCCGGCGCCACGUCGUUGGGCGGAGCUGGGCGUCCCAUGUCGACGGCGUGGACCGUGCGAAACAACGGCAGCGCCAGCAGCGGCAGCGCUGGCGUUUUGGAAGAGCAGCUGCAGGCACUCGCGGACAGUCAGACUGGGCUUUCGCUGGAAUUCUCUCAGCUGCAGUUCUUCAACGCUGUGCAAGCGUUGAAGGCGAGCAUGGGAAGCAGCUUUUACACUACGCCCAUUCAGCUUGAGAUUGUGGGAACAGUAAAGAACUGGCUCGAUCAGACAGAUACUGCUUCUAUCGUGGUGAAUGUGGAGACAUCGCAGGAGCCUAUGCCAAUUGUAAGUCCAACAUCUCCGACCGCAACCACCAUAUUGAACAGUGAGCAAGUCUCGUUCUCAGUGGAGACCAGGUAUGCUGACACAUCCUCUUGCGACGGAGCAACAUCAUCGACACCCGAGCAAGUUGUAGUCACUUGGGAGUAUCGGCAAGGUUCCGGUGAUUGGGCAGAUCUUUCCACAUCUGGCUUGACCGACCUGGAUCGUCGUCCUGGUGGCAUUCGCUUCGCUCCGUUCUCCUUCCAGACUUCGACCAGCCAUGAAUUCCGGGUCACCGCUCGGUACGAGACCUCCAGUCUCACGGCACUGGCGCCUCAGUACGUCUUCGCUCUGACGGUGAGUCCUCCUGCUCCACCCGUGGUGCGCAUCGUGGGCCCCAGCGCGGUGUCGGACGCCUGUGCCUUCAGUUUGGAUGCGUCUGGUUCAUUCGAUCCUUCAGUAGCUGGCACAACAGCUGAUCUGGCUUUCGCGUGGUCCUGUACCACUGCAUCUGCAAACUACGAUUGCUCCCAGUUGCCCAACUUUGCUGCCAGCGCGACAAGCACGACAAGCCAACUGGCCGUGGCAGGCGGACAAUUGCAAGAAGGCCUGUAUAACUUCAGUGUUCAGGUCAGCAGAGCUGGAGGAGGGGCGUCGGAGCUGCUGUGGCAGGUGGAAGUCUCCGCCGGAGCUCUGCCGCCUGUGGCCAUUGCGGUUCCAUGGGGCAGCGGUGAGGCGGUAUCUACACAGGUUGGCGGACAGCUGACAAACCCUUCAGCUACAGUUCAGGGCGGUGAAGGAUGCAGUGUGCCAUCUACCUGGGCUUGGAAAUUCAUACUACUAGAAGACGGGCCAGAUCUCAUCCAAGCCUUUUUGAACACGACUUCUACAGCCCAAACCGAUCUUCUCACGCUGACUACUGCAGACUUCCGGGGCGAUGCAAUGGUUCCAGGCAAGAGCUAUGCCUACGCGGUUCUACAAACCUCAACAGAGGAAGAAAUGAUAUCUUUGCAGUUGGCGCGUCCUGAGAACUUGAACCAAGCACUUGCCCUUGGAGCGAAGGCCGUGAAAUCUCUCCCGUUUGUGGCAGAUGGACCCCCAUCCGGUGGUUUGGUGCAAAGCUCUCCACAGUCGGGGUACGCUGUCACGACGUCCUUCUCUGGAACGACCUCCGCGUGGUACGAUGAGGACGCGAGCAGCCUCACAUUCGCCUACUACUUGCUGCCUUUGAGGCAGAAUAUUACCCUCACCUCGGACGGGAAUGGAGGCAUUUUGGUCGAUGGUACUUUCCGGCCUCCUGAUGUCGAAUGGCUUGACACCCGCAGCCCGAUUCAUUGGUCAGCUUUGGGUGGAUUGUUCCUCACAAACGUCUCGGAUCCAUCUGCCUCACAGUGGGAAGUGCAGAUGGCGCUUGGCAGCUAUGUCAUGGCUGUGGUCGCUCGCGACCGCUUAGGAGCGAUCUCAGCUGCGUUUACCCCGGGACCUCUGGUGGAAUCACCUCCAGGUGGUUUGAGUCCCGCAGCUGCCGUGUCGUCUCUGGACAGCGCCUUGUCCAGUGGCGAUGAGACCGUGAUCCUCGGGGCGCUGAACGCCGUGUCCUCGCUGUCCUUGGCAAGCGAUGAUCCGACGGAAGUGGCUCAAGCGACUGCCAAAAAGAUGGAGGCGGAGACCUUUUGGCCCUGUCUUCAGCCUCUGGGGUCAUCGGAUCUUCUUCGGAAAGCCCUUACCUUAGAAUUGCUAGCAAUGAAUCUUCUUCGGUGGCAGACCAAGCGGCCGGAGCACUUGGAAACGCUCUGGCAGCUACAGAAGGCUGGAGCAGAUGGUGCCAAGAACAUUUGGGUCAUACCGUAUAUGGAUGAAAAACCAGUGCCGCCCGCCUUGCGGUGCUUCCGCAGAGCUUCCGUGGUGCCAGGUGUGAAUCCAGCUGCCGCAAAGUCAUUGCUGGGUGCCGCCACGUCGGUUGGUGACAGUUUCUCCUCCGAUACCUCGACCUCCUCAAUCGCUCAAGGUGCAAGGUCAGCCCAGUUGCGCGUUUUGUUCUCCAAACUCGGCAGCGCUUUGCUGCAACAAGUACCAGCUGGCUCAACUUCCACCGUGUCCACAGUUGAGGGAGGCAAGGGCACCGCCAUCGCAGUGGCCAAGGAGGACGCUGCAGCGGCGGCCGCCAGCGGCCUGUCGUCCGGCGCCGCCCAGAUCCCUGGUGGUGGACUCGGAGCACGGCUGCGAAGGCUCCAAGGCGACUCCUGUAGCACCAUCGCUGCGCAAUCAACAGACUUCGUGGGCAGCAAUCCAUUCACCUAUUUGCAGUCCAGUAUCGGGCAAAACGCGUAUGUGGAAAACUCUGCAACUGUGACAACCCUGGAGAUCAAGCGAUGCGACUCCUUGGUUCGUCAUUCCAACUGGGACCCUCCAAUCGCUCUCACACUGCCACUGAAUGCAGCGCCAGGGAUUCCCCCAGAGGGCUACUCCUACGAGCCCGUCUGUGUUCGACUGGAUGAGACGUCAACAGAUCUCCCGAAACAGGAGUGGACCACGGACUCUAUGACUUGGCUCUUGCCAACUUCCUACGAUGCCACAACCGUAGAAUGCUUUGCAGCAACCGGUGGUGGUUCCUAUGCAGCGAUCUAUAUCCCUGUGAAGCUAGAAGCCACUUUCACCAGCACGACAGGUACAACUACAAGAACAUACAUGACAACGGAGACAUCAACAUCUAUACCGGCCAUCCCUGCCACAGACGAUGGUAUGGUGGUUGGAGUGACGCUGGCAGCUGUCGCACUGAUAGUGGUAGUUUCUGUCAUCGGUUGGCAGUGCUAUGUGGGCAAUGUCAAGGUCCAGAAGCCUGAAAUGCCGCAGAAAAUCAUGAAACAGGUCUCCGAAAAUUGCCAAAAGAUGAAGGAUAAGAUGAGGAAAUCCAAGGUUGGCAUUGAACCCUCCACAGAGCCAAAGGAAGCUUGGGAAAGCAAGCCGCAGGCUUCUGGUAGAGCACAACAAGAUGCUGCAGAUCAUUUCUGGGACUGGGCCAACGACUUGGUCAAAGAAGGUCAGGGCACUCCAUCUGGACCACCGAGCAAAGCCUUCUCGGUGCGUUCCAAGUCUGGCAGCCCUCCGCACCUGCCACCACGCUUUGCUGUGCCAAAGCCAUCUGUUGAGAAACAAGAGUAUUUCCAAAACUUCGCACAAGAACUUCGAGAUAUCGUAUCAGCUGGUAUGCCUGGCAUGAUUGCCGACUCUCCAGACUCUCCAGCAGAUAUCGUUCCUCCCCCACCUCCCAAGCGAUCUGUGCCAAGUGCACCACCUCGACCACCCCCAAGUCCUCCACCAUGGGUGCGGGAGUCAGCCGUGCUGUCCACCUUGCCACCUCCAAUGGUCAACGCAGAGAAGAUCGAAGUUCAAGUGGACCAGGCCUUCUCGGAUUGGAAGAACGACUUUGCCGUGGCAACUUUGGGCUCUAUGGGCUCUCUGGGUUCCUCGUUGGGCUCCUCUUUGUCUCUGGCCAAGUCGGCUCCUGGAGUUCCUGGAACUCCUGGAACUGAGGACCCCCCACCGCCACCGCCUCAGCCGAGAGAAGUGAAGCAGCUGCCAGUGCCACCUCCUCGACCCGGUCGACGGGCACGAGCUCCACAGAGCCCCACCCGGGCUUUGCCGAGUCCACCAGGGCCAUCAGGGCCAUCAGGGCCAGGGCCAUCGCCAGGGACUUCGCCACCCAGUGCUCCGGCCGCGAGCGGCACCGAACCGACUUUAAGGUCCACUGCCAAAGCUCCUCCUCUGCCUGUUGCAGCAAUGGUUGGCAAUCUUCCUAUGCCUCCACUCCCGCCAAGAGAGGCUUCGCAUUCGUCUCUACCGCUAUCACCUCCAUCCUUCAAAGAAGGAUCUCAGUUAUCUAUGGCAGUGCCGAAACACCAGCCACUUCAUCCACCGCUUCCCAAAGGCGCCCCAAUAGUUGAGCUGCCUGGUGCGAUGGACAGUGGACAGGUUGAGAGUGAGCGCACUUCGACAGAUUGAGUUGACGUAGAUAGUUGAGUCAUGUUGAGUCCGUAGAUCGCUUUAGAUUGAGUUGACUUCUGUUGCAAUCUUUUAGAUUGGAG